GAUAGUCUUUCAUUAUCCGGCGAACGAGCGUGUUACGUUUUCGCAUGCUACGCAUCGAACAACGCAGCCAACAACAACAACAACAGCAAAUACAUUAACCAACAGCAACAACAAUAACAAUUAGAAGGAGAACAAACGAAAAAGCCGUUAGCUGCGCUCUGCUAUUUUUAGUGCCGAACUUUUCGAGUGUUUUACUAUUUUUACUACAGUUCGACGCACAUACUAUACACACACACACGCACUCACCAAGAGAAACAACAACAAAAUCAACAAUAAUAAUAAAAGCAAGUACAAUUUGCACUGCAAUUGUGACUGCAGAAAUUUGUUUGAUAAGAAGCAGAAGGCACUUAUUAAGAAAAUUUGAAAUAUAAUUUGCUAUUAGCUCUUCCAUAAUUAAAAAAGUGUUUGACAAGUGUUUGUGUGAACAAAAAGAGCAACGGGAAUAGCAACAACAACAAUAACAAAAACAACUGCAUCAGCGUGCAACCGAAACUAGGCUAAAUAGCCUUGCAUACUUUUGGGAUCACACACACAUACAUAUACUACGCACAUAGGAGACUCACGCUCAGUCAGACAUCGGGAGACAGAGCGGAACACGGACGCGGACACGGACACAGGUCGGCGACAUUUGAACCUGCUGACCGACAGGCCGUUCUCUUGGCUGUGGUUGCCAGAGUUUUAUGUUAUUUUUUGGCAACGUGAGAUGAGAAAUGUGCAAUAACACGCCAACAACAAUAGCAACAGCAACUGUGCAGCAAAUUUGAGCAAACCACAGCAUACAAAGAAGACAGCACACGAAUAGACGCAAAGAAAGAGUUCACUGCUGCUGCUGUAUGUGUAUUUGUAUGUGUAAGUGUAUGUGUAUGUUUCCGUGUGUGUGUGGUGCAGUGGUGGUGCAGUAGUGCAGUUCAACAGCCCCCGGGCACUGAAAAUUCGUUGGCUAAAACUGUAACUGUAACUGAAACUGAAACUGAAGCUGAAGCUGCAUCUGAAUCUGGUGCCGGGCUGCAAUUCGUAAGCGUUCGCCUUUUGCCUCGUCCCGGCUUCGUGUGCGUUGGUGCAUUUGUGUGUGCGCGUUGUGCGGUGUGUGUGCCUCUCUGUGUUCGUGUGUGUGUGUACUCUGCAGCAGCCACCGCAGCUUUGCAGCAACGAAAAUUGUGUCAGCAUCAGCAGCGACAGCGACAGCAGCAGCAGCAGCGGCAGCAAUAGCAUCAGCUUCUGCAGCCGGCCGUCCGGCCGUGUGGCGCCUUCGAUGUUCAGCUACCGGUGUCACUAGACUCAUCCGCAGGUGUUGUGAUGAUGCCUCUUUGCAGGACGAUUGUUUUAUCAUAAGGAGCAGCAUUCACACAGCCAAAUCGAACGCAACAAUAACGCUUCCAGACUUAAGCCAAUAGUCAAAGCACUUCCAAGCACCAAAAUCGAUCACAGAGCGAAUCCAGAAAAUCGUCGCCAUGUUAUUAAUUCACAAAAAACUCACAUCCAUUGCUGGCUUUGCAAUAUUCUUGUUGGUCGUGUAUGUGACAACAUAUGCGCUACAAACGACCGACGCACAGGAUGCCAAAGGAUCCUCAUCCUACACCAGUAUCAAUGAGACGAGAGAUCUCUACAGCAGCGAGACGCGGCACAGUCGACGAUUGCGACAGGCCGAGGUUUUAGAUGAUGAUGAUGGCGAAACAGAGGAUCGCUCAGGGGGCGAGGAUGAGGCUAAAACAUGCUCCCCAGGUCUCGUUCUGCCACUGUGGAUGCCACAGAAGCACCUGUCGAUGGGAGACCGUGCAAUGCGCGGUUUAGUUUACUUCCUGUUAAUGAUCUAUCUCUUUGUGGGCGUCUCCAUUAUAUCGGAUCGAUUCAUGGGAGCCAUUGAGGCAAUUACUUCAAUUGAACGCACCGUAACCAUUAAGGCACCCGAUGGAACCAAGCAGUCAAUGCGAGUUCGUGUCUGGAACGAGACUGUGGCGAAUCUAACACUAAUGGCACUCGGCUCGAGUGCUCCAGAGAUUCUGCUAUCCGUGAUUGAGAUCUACGCCAAGAAUUUCGAGAGCGGCGACCUGGGACCGGGCACAAUUGUCGGCUCAGCCGCCUACAAUCUGUUCAUCAUCAUUGCCCUCUGCAUGGUGCUCAUACCCACGGGUGAGAAGCGUCGCAUCAAACAUCUGCGGGUCUUCAUCGUUACGGCUGUAGUCUCGAUAUUUGCGUACAUUUGGCUCUGGAUGAUACUAUCGAUCAUUUCACCGGGCAUCAUUGAGGUAUGGGAGAGUCUGGUCACAUUGAUCAUGUUCCCCGUAACCGUACUCUGGGCAUACAUUGCCGAGCGUCGUCUGCUUCUCUACAAGUAUAUUAAUAAGAAAUUUGUCGUUAACAAACGAGGAGUUGUUGUCGCUGGAGAGCACGAAGCGGACGAAACAGAUCCUGAGCACGGCAAGCCCUCCGCAUCGAGCAGCUCACGGGAUGUGAAUGCGUAUGAAGAUGCAAGACGUGAAUAUAUUGUCUUGUUAGCGGAACUGCGUCAAAAAUAUCCCGAUGCGGACCUCGAGCAACUGGAAAUGAUGGCCCAAGAGCAGAUGAUAUCACGCGGCACUAAAUCACGUGCCUUCUAUCGCAUCCAGGCUACUCGCAAGUUGGUCGGCAGUGGAAAUCUAAUGCGCAAAAUUCAGGAACGUGCCCAUAGUGAUUUGAACGAGGUAAAGGCCCAACUCCAUCGCAUUGAAGAUGAUGAUGACGAGGAUGAGCCCACACGCAUCUACUUUGAGCCAGGACACUACACCGUCAUGGAGAACUGUGGCGAGUUCGAGGUGCGAGUUGUCCGACGCGGCGAUAUCUCCGGCUACUCAAAGGUGGCAUUUGAAACCCAGGAUGGCACCGCCUCCGCCGGCUCCGAUUAUGUGGGCAAAAAUGGUACCCUUACCUUUCCGCCCGGCGUCGAUGAGCAACGCUUCAAGAUCGAGAUCAUUGAUGAUGAUAUAUUCGAGGAGGAUGAAUGCUUUUACAUACGUCUCUUCAAUCCCUCCGAUUACGUAUCGAUCGCGGUGCCUCAAAUUGCCACAGUUAUGAUUCUAGAUGAUGAUCAUGCCGGCAUAUUUGCCUUCGCCGAGGGAAAAUGCGAGAUCAGCGAAUCCGUUGGCGUUUAUGAAGUUGUCGUUAUGCGUUACUCCGGUGCCCGUGGCUCCGUCAUUGUACCCUAUUGGACAGAGGACUUAACUGCAAUGGACGGUCGACACUACGAGGGCGUACAUGGAGAACUGUCUUUUACCAACAAUGUCACCGAGCAACGUAUAUCCAUUAAGAUCAUUGAGGAGAGCAGCUAUGAGAAGGAUGUCGCUUUCAAGGUUCACAUUGGCACACCGCAAUUGGCGCCAGAUGACACUAAUAAGGAGUCAUUUUUUCAUCGAUUUUUUGAAAAUUACACUGGAGAUCAUACUCACGAUGAAUUAUUAGAGCAAAUCCAGGAAUUGGAGAAGAAACCAUACAAUAAUCUAACCGAAUUGGAACGCGUUAUGCUGUUAAGUAAACCCCGAAACGGAGAGCUGACCUCCGUGGAGGUUCGAAUACGCGAGAGUUCGGAAUUUAAAGCUACUGUGGACAAACUCGUUGCCAAAGCAAAUACUUCAGCUGUUCUAGGCACAUCCUCCUGGAGGGAGCAGUUUAGGGAUGCACUCACCGUUAUUCCAGCCGAUGAGAGCGAGCUCGAUACCGAUGAUGGUGACGAGGAGGAAGUACCACGAUGUAUCGAUUAUAUCAGCCAUUUCAUUUGUCUAUUCUGGAAGGUGCUGUUUGCAUUUGUGCCGCCCACAGAUAUUUGCGGCGGCUAUGUCACCUUCGUUGUAUCAAUAUUCGUCAUUGGCGUCUGCACCGCAGUUAUUGGAGACGCUGCCACCUAUUUUGGCUGCGCUCUUAAUGUCAAGGACUCCGUUACGGCUAUUUGUUUUGUGGCACUCGGCACCAGUAUACCAGAUACAUUUGCCAGCAUUAUUGCAUCGAAACAGGAUGAUAGCGCCGAUAACAGUAUUGGCAACGUGACGGGCAGCAAUGCGGUGAAUGUAUUCCUUGGUAUUGGCUUGGCGUGGUCUUUAGCCUCGAUUUAUCACAUGGCUCAUGGAACAACCUUCAAUGUGGAGCCGGGCACAAUUGGAUUUGCUGUGGCUCUCUUCUGUGGCGAGGCAAUGAUCGCCAUUUCCAUUAUGAUGUAUCGACGCUCUGCCAAAUCGAUUCGAGCUGAACUUGGCGGACCAGUUGCUUCGAAAUGGAUACAUGCAUCAGUUCUAUUCAGUCUUUGGGUCUUGUAUCUGACUGUAAGCACAAUGGAGGCAUACGAUGUCAUCGAUAUAUAAGCAACUAUGCGUUAUCAAUUCGAUAAAGCGAGAUACUUUUAGCCAUGUGUGGUAAAAGUAAUAAAAUAUGCGGAGAUUAUUGUUUCUUACGAUUAUUCUUCUCAUAUGAUAAUAUAUAUACAAUAUAUAUUUAUAUCUGUAUGUACUUAUAUGUAUGUAUAUGUAUGUAUUUAUGCAAUUACGAUUUAUAAAUAUUGAUAAUUAUGUAAAAUUUAUGUUAUUAUUAAAAAUUGUAAUGUUUAAUUAGAUUACUGAACUAUUUUAAAGAAUUGAUGUAAUUAAUGAAUUAAUGCUUAUUGUAAAUACAAAGGCUGCCCGGCAAACAAGAAACGUGAUCAUUAUUAUCAUAAAUAUUAUUAUUAUUGUUAUUAUUAUGUUUUAACAUCUUGAUGUAUUAAUGCACUAUUCUGUGCUAUACUAAAGAUACUAGAGAUGAUAUCAUUCUAUUCAAUUUAAGUCAUUAUUAUCAUUGUUGUUGUUUGUUAUAGCUGUACUUAAUAUUUAUACAAAUACAAUUUAAAUAAGCGAAAGUAAAUGUUAAACUGAUAAAUUGUUAUUCAUAAAUUUACGUUGAAAAUGUCUCUCCAUUAAUUAUCGCGAUCAGCCAUUGUUAUUUUAAUAGAUGUGUAAGAAUGAAAAACCAAAAUUUUUAAAUAUAUUAUAUUAUUCGAAAAGUUAAGACCUACCCAUAUUACAGCUACUACAAUUCUAGUCAAAAAGAAAAGAACAUUUUUAGCAUUUCUCUUAACACUAUUUUGAAUUCAACACAGCUUCUAUAGGAAAUGAACCUAUGAUAAACUAAACGUAAACUAAACUUAACUCCGACCAAUUGAAACGCGGCACUUUUAGUAUGACCACCAGUGUAAAUGCACUGCACUACAUAAAUCUACUUACUUGAAAGACUUUCAUUUACUUAGUACUUUGUCAACAUAUUGGAGCGAUAGAAAUCGAUAAAAGAAAACAUUAUUAAGGCAACACCAAAUGUUUGUUAAAUGGAUGUAUUUUUUGUAUAAUGUUAUUUUAUUUUGUAAUACAACAUUUUGAAUAGAUACCAAAAUGAAAAUACUUACAAAUACGAUAACCAACUACUAAUGAAAAUAUUUAUGAUGCCUGGAAUCAUAAGCAGUAUGGGAACCUAACGGGAAUAUGCGCCAAAUUUAGAAAUAAUUAUAUUAUUAAUAUGAUAAACAUAUAAAUCAAAGGUUUACGAUUAGGUUAUAAAUAGUUGAAUAUUAUAUCAAUGUUUGGUCUAAGGUCAUGAAAAUUAAAUUAAAUUUUUGAAUUAAUUCAA